AGCUACGGCGGCUCGCGAGACUCAGUCCGCCUCCAGGUCAUCAUGGGAGACUCCGUGUGCGAAGAGCUCGAAGACCUGGUCCACUUCUCCGUGCCAGACCUGCCCGCGAGGGGCUAUGUCGUCAUGGAGGAGGUCCGACGUCAAGGCAAACUGUGUGACGUCACGCUCAAGGUGGGAGAACACAAGUUCAGCGCUCACCGGAUCGUGCUGGCCGCCUCCAUCCCGUACUUCCACGCCAUGUUCACCAACGACAUGGUGGAGUGCAAGCAGGACGAGAUCCUCAUGCAGGGCAUGGACCCCAGCGCCCUGGAGGCCCUCAUCAACUUCGCCUACAGCGGCCAUGUUGCCAUCGACCAGCAGAACGUUCAGGCUCUCCUGAUUGGCUCCAGCUUCCUGCAGCUGCAGAACGUCAAGGACGCCUGCUGCUCCUUCCUGCAGGAGAGGUUGCACCCCAAAAACUGCCUGGGCGUGCGUCAGUUCGCAGAGACCAUGAUGUGCACGACGCUGUACGACUCGGCCAACACCUUCCUGCACCAGCACUUCGUGGACGUCUCGCUGUCGGAGGAGUUCCUGGGUCUGAGGGCGGAGGAGGUUCUGGAGCUGGUGGGCUGUGAUGAGCUCAACGUCAAAGCAGAGGAGCAGGUGUUUGAGGCGGUUCUGGCCUGGGUUCAUCACGACCCGGACCAGAGGAAGACUCUGCUGCCGGAGCUGCUGUCCAAGAUCCGACUUCCUCUCUGUCAACCUCAGUUCCUGUCGGAUCGAGUCCAGCAGAAUGAGCUGAUUCGCUGCAGCCACAAGUGCAGGGAUCUGGUGGACGAAGCCAAAGAUUUCCACCUGGUUCUGGAGCGCCGUCCUCACCUUCCCUCCUUUAAAACCCGACAGAGGUGCUGCACAUCCAUCUCAGGGCUCAUUUACGCCGUGGGAGGACUGAACAGCUCAGGAGACUCCUUGAACUUGGUGGAGGUGUUUGACCCGGUGGGGAACUUCUGGGAACGCUGUCAGCCAAUGAGGACGGCGCGCAGUCGAGUGGGUGUGGCCGUUGUUAAUGGGCUGCUGUACGCCAUUGGUGGAUACGAUGGCCAAUCCCGACUGAGCACAGUGGAGGUGUAUAACCCGGAGACGGACAGCUGGACUCGGGUGUCGAGCAUGAACAGCCAGCGCAGCGCCAUGGGAACGGUCGUCAUCGACGGACACAUCUAUGUGUGCGGCGGCUACGACGGGAAGUCUUCCCUGAACUCAGUCGAGUGUUACUCUCCAGAAACGGACAGGUGGACAGUGGUGACGGAGAUGAGUGUGAGUCGCAGCGCCACCGGCGUGACCGUGUUUGAUGGGCGGAUCUUUGUGUCGGGCGGCCAUGACGGGCUGCAGAUCUUCAACACGGUGGAGUACUAUAACCACCACACGGACCGCUGGCAUCCGGCGCCGGCCAUGCUCAACAAGCGAUGUCGUCACGGCGCGGCGGCGCUCGGCAGCCACAUGUACGCCGCCGGAGGGUACGACGGCUCGGGCUUCCUUAGCGGCGUGGAGGUGUUCAGUUCGGCCUCGGCUCAGUGGAGCCUCCUGGUGGCCAUGAACACGCGGCGCAGCCGGGUGUCGCUGGUGUCCACAGCAGGCCGUAUGUACGCAGUGGGGGGGUACGACGGGCAGUCCAACCUCAGCUCUGUGGAGAUGUACAACCCCGACACCAACCGCUGGGUGUUCAUGGCACCCAUGGCGAGCCAUGAGGGCGGGGUCGGCGUCGGGUGCAUCCCCCUGCAGCCUGCCUAGGUCCUGCCACAUUACAGGACGGACACCUUGCUGCAGAAGGGGGCGGGGCCUCGAGCAGAAACCAACGAGCUUCACCACGGAGAGGCUCACACCUGCAGGCUGCUGCCGACCCCACGGCGUUCUGUGAAAAACUGUAGAGCUUGCAGAGGCCGACGUCCUGCUUGUAGGAUUAAUGAUUUCUGAUUGAUCAGAAGAACGAUGGGAGAACCUUAACGCUGCUAAGCCAUGACACUGCGGCCUAUAAUGACCAACAGCCUGCAGGCGGAGG